AUGCACUUUCUCUUGUUCACCUCUCAUAAAGCACUUUACAACAAAUUGGUCAAUUCUCUAACAAAAUAACUUGCCAUAUACAAAUCAGAUAUUUUUGAAUAUUAAUUAUUUAAUUCCUCUUCUGAUUGCAGUCUGUGGAGAGAAAUAAAUAAAUUACCUAUUACGUUACAGGUCUAACUUACCUCCUUAACUUAAGUAAGUCAGUACAUAUAACAUUCACCUUAUGUAAUUUAUUUUGUCCUAGUGUCUCUCUGCAUAAUGUUCCCAUUCCAAUAUCUAACUCAGUUAGAUAUUUAGGACUCGGACAAACACCUCACUUGGAAUAGCCAUAUACGUAAAAAAAGACUUGCCUUAAAUGUUUGAAUAUUUGUCUUUUUAUCAAAGCAAACAUUUUUAACAAUGUAGUUAAGUACAUAGGCACAUCAGAUCAUCCUAUCCAGAUCUACCUAUCACAUCAUAGUGAUAGGUACAUUAGUUAUCAUAAUUCAUAAAAAUUCACUAAAAUUUAAAUUUUUUGGUUUAUUGUAGAUUUCAAAGAGAUCCCUAUACAUAAUCUAUCGGUCAAAGCAAUUGCUCGAAAGAGGUUUACACCUAGCAAAUAUAGUAAAAUAUGUAGUGCUCAUUUUGAAAAAAAAAGAUUAUUAUGAAAAUCAUGGAGGCAGUUAUUUACCCAAAUUAAAAUCAGAUGCAGUUCCUUCAAAACUUCUUACUUAUCCUUCCAGUAAUAGGUAUGAGUCUAAAGUUAAAGUAUCUAAGUCAGAAUUUCACAUUAAUACAUCAAUGGUACAUAAUGUUGUAGUACCUUUACUAUCUUACAACCGUGAUUUAUUCAGUAUCAAAACAGAUAAUAAUACACAAUUUGAAUCAAAUGUACUAGUUGAAAUACCCAUUACAGAACAAGUAACAUCUUUAAAAAAAAAUCCUGUGUCUCCCAUAUUUAUUACACCAUCAAAAAACAUUAGAACAAAAGUAGUUGUUACUUCUUCUUCACGAUUAAAAAGUCCUUCAAAAAUAAGUAUUGAGAAAAAAAUAUAA